AUGGCGGCAGAGUUUGAUGCUCCCGCAGCCUUAGCGACCGUGGAGACGGAUAUGCCGGCGGAUCCUGUGACCACCCCUGGCUCGGCACCGGAGCCAGUUCCCAGGCCAGCGCACAGCCUGCGGACGGCUCACGACCUCGGCGGCCCGCGGACCCGCACGGGGGACGUGCUGCUGGCAGAGCCAGCGGAUUUCGAGUCGCUGUUACUGUCACGGCCGGUGCUGGAGGGCCUGCGGGCGGCCGGCUUCGAGCGACCCUCGCCGGUGCAGCUCAAAGCCAUUCCGCUGGGACGCUGCGGUCUUGAUUUAAUUGUUCAAGCGAAGUCUGGUACUGGGAAAACCUGUGUGUUCUCCACCAUUGCUUUGGACUCUCUUGUUCUUGAAAACUUAAGUACCCAGGCAGAAUUAAGCAACUCCUAG